AAAUCUUGGAAAAUCCUACUUUCUCUUCUUACUUGUAUAUAAUGCUUACAGCCCCUAUUUACAUGUAUAAUACAGUCAACGAAUUGAACAUAACAGUGGCAUCGACCUAAAGUCGAUAAUUAUGGACGGGAUACAGCAUCCUUUUAAUGUUCUUCUUUUGUGUGGCAUUCUAGGUCUGGUAACCUGCCAAGGUGAUAUCAAGGACUUUGCUGUAUGUGAAGGGUUCGGCUGUGAAGAUCCCAUUACAUCUGAGUUUAUGCAUUCCUAUUCAACUACAGAAAAUCAGGCAGACGAAUCUGGAUGGGAUCAUACCGUAAACUGUAGCGACCUAAGCUAUGCCAGCAAAGCUCAGUGGGGAGGCAAGACAACAGCAAAAUACGAAAACAUGAAAAAGAAAGUAAGCAUCGUUUUCAUCCAUCACACUGUUCUAAGUCACUGUUCCACGGGGCCCGACUGUGUCCAUGCGGUGAAGAAGGUUGAUGAACUCCACAGAGGUUCGUUUGGCUGGGAUGAUAUUGGAUACAGCUUUCUUGCUGGUGAGGACGGAAGGAUUUACCAAGCACGUGGAUGGGACCGCGUCGGUGCACACACAAUAGGGUUCAACAAAAUAGCAAUCUCUAUAUGCGCUAUGGGGAAUUUCAUGCUCCAGGCUCCAGACCAGAAAUUGCUGGAUGCAAUACAAUCUCAUCUUGACUGCGGUGUGGUUUCAGGCAAACUGGAACCCGAUUACAAGCUGUAUGGUCACAGGGAUGCUAUCGAUACUGAAUCUCUUGGAGAUUUCCUGUACGACAUCAUUAAAACAUGGCCUCAUUUCGAUCGGGACACCCCUCGGAAGAUCAAACCCCCGAUUCUGUAAUCCUUUUACAAGUGAUAUAUAUAGCUUUUUGAAAUACUCUUCAUACUUUUUGAUAUUGUUGAAUUUAAUUCAAGCAUGCAGUAGUAUUUUAGCUGAUGUGGAUUCAUGUUCUGUCUUUGUCCUUCAUGCACGUUCCGUUAUCUUUUUUUUUACAUUUUAAACUUAAAAGGCAAAUUCUACUGAGCUGAUUUAGCCGAAAAUAUGAAAAAACUCAAAUACAUAUAUGGCCGCAAUGGCAGCCGUCUUUGAUUUUUUUUUUAUAUAUACUUAAAUUCAAAUUCUAUUGGAAUGAUUUCACUGAAAUUUAUUUGAAAUGAUCCGCGUAGAAUUCAAACCAAUUCUUGCUAUUUUAAAGGAUCUGAUUUCGAAAUCCAAUUCAUCCGCCAUGGGAGCCAUCUUGAAAAUCCUUUUCUACCUUAAAAUUCGAAUUUUGCUGGAAUCUUUUUCGCUGAAUAUAAUUCAGUGAUUGAUGUAUGGUCAAAACCAAUUUUCGUUAUUUUUAGCCGAUUUGAAUAUGGUAGCCAUCUUGAAAGUCAAUUUUUAACGAAAACAUCAUUACUGGUUUUGCUGAAAUAAAAGGUGAUUUAUCAGUUCAUUGUCCAGAGAAAUUUCUGCUAUUUUGAAGCUGUUUUGAAAUAGUUUCCAUAUGAUACUGGCUAUCUUGAAUAUAUUUUAUUUUUAACUAGUUUAACUAAAUUGAUUUUAAUGUAAUUUAUUUGAAAUGAUCGGUGUAUGGUAUUGAUGAAUGUUUUAGACCAAUUCUUGUUGUGUUUUUUAACCGAAAUGUAUUGCAUGCCAUCAAUUUUUUUUAAAGCAACAAAGACAAUAUUACUUCAUCGUGAUUUGUGGUUUCAUUCAGUUCAAAAACUGUUUUAUCAAAUGGAGGAACAGCCGUUUUGCUGUAACAAUUUAAUUGACACUGUAAUUUCUAUGGUUGCAUAUUAAGUUCUGUCAGGCAGCGAACAUCAAACAGAAACCGAAUCACUCAUAACUUAGUUUGAUGUCAUGAUUGGACCUCUAUUACUCACAGACAGUUUUCAUGAAUGACCCAAGCAGUUUCCGAUUGGAAAAUAUCCACGUUUACAGCACUUUUUGUUGGUAGAUUUAUCCAAGGGCUGAGCAAAGAAAAUGUAAAUAUUUGUACUUGUGUCUAUGUGUCCAUUUCUGUAUUUAUUCCAUCUAACUUGUUUAAGUUUGCAUUAAGUUUCCCUGUCCUCCUACAUGUACUGACCAUUUUGCUUAAUGUCUUGUCGUUUAUUUUGAACUCUUUGAAUAAUAAAUUAUAUAUUGAG